AUGAAGAGGAUUUUGGUGGCCAUCCUAGCUAUCUUGGCUUACUUUUUUGUAGCCGAAGGACUGGUGUGUAAUUCCUGUCCAGUGGGUAUUCUUUCAAAGUGUUUAUUUGGCUCCUCACAGACCUGCACUGAUACUAACAACAACUGCUACACAGCAACAGCAGUGUUCAACAUCACCAGUUUCCUAAAUCUGUACACGAGUGGCUGUAUCGCCUCCACCGACUGCAACAAUAGUGUGGGCAGUAUCCUUGGUGCGGGCUACACCAUCACCCGGAGGUGCUGCAGCACAAACCUGUGCAAUGGAGCUGGCAGUGCCCAACUCUCCGUCACCGCAGCCUUCAGCACCACCCUGCUGGCCUCCGCCUGGAGCUACAUGUAGAAGAACCUCCAUUUUACUUUCCCUGUCUCAGCCUUGGAGACAUAAUGCUUCAUUUAGUGUCAUCUUAAGAAGGGUUAGAGUAUUAGCAAAUGGGUUGUACUGGGUGCAUUAGAUGAGGGAAAACAGAGAAA